UAUGAGAAGCCGAUGGACAAACUGCCCCUUUGGUUUUUCUCCUCUCUCUCAGUUUUUUCUUUUUCCUCUUUUCUUUUCCUUGCUUCGUCUACUUCCCAUCUCCCAACUCUCCCAAGGCAAAAUACUAAUUUCAAGCGAGGCGUGUGUGCGCACGCAGCACCACCCCCGUACGGCCAUGGCCGCCGCCGCCGCCGCCGCGGCCUCUUCCUCCCCUUCCUCCCUGCCCCUCCCCCCAAGCCCUAGGUAGCACGAGAGUUUCCCCCGGCCGCCCGAACCCCCCACAGCCCCGCGCCGAUCUGUGCUCCCACCGCCGCUAGAUUUCCGGUGGAAAAGCGCGUGUUUUUAGCCCUUUCCCCCACUCCGGUUGCUCUUGGUGGACGCUUCCCGGCUUUGCUGGUUUUCCUCUGGAGGAACUGAUGGAGCCGCGGGUUGGGAACAAGUUCCGGCUCGGUCGCAAGAUCGGGAGCGGCUCCUUCGGGGAGAUCUAUCUCGGAACUAACAUCCAGACGAACGAGGAGGUCGCGAUUAAGCUGGAAAAUGUGAAGACAAAGCAUCCCCAGUUGCUCUACGAGUCUAAGAUUUACAGGAUUCUGCAAGGAGGAACUGGAAUCCCAAAUGUCAGAUGGUUUGGUGUAGAAGGAGACUACAAUGUCUUGGUUAUGGAUUUGCUAGGGCCAAGCCUUGAAGACCUAUUUAAUUUCUGCAGCAGAAAAUUAUCUCUCAAGACUGUACUUAUGCUUGCUGAUCAGAUGAUAAAUCGAGUGGAAUUUGUCCAUUCCAAAUCUUUUCUCCAUCGAGACAUUAAGCCAGACAACUUUCUUAUGGGCCUCGGUAGGCGAGCUAAUCAGGUCUACAUAAUAGACUUCGGUCUUGCUAAAAAGUAUAGGGAUACCUCCACUCAUCAGCACAUCCCAUAUAGGGAGAACAAAAACUUGACUGGGACAGCAAGAUAUGCAAGUGUGAACACCCAUCUUGGCAUCGAACAAAGCCGAAGAGAUGACUUAGAAUCUCUUGGAUAUGUACUUAUGUACUUUUUAAGGGGAAGCCUUCCCUGGCAGGGUCUAAAAGCAGGAACAAAGAAACAAAAGUAUGAGAAAAUCAGUGAAAAAAAAGUUGCAACAUCAAUUGAGGCUCUAUGCCGAGGGUAUCCUACUGAGUUCGCAUCAUAUUUCCACUAUUGCCGCUCACUGCGGUUUGAUGACAAGCCUGAUUAUUCCUACCUUAAGCGACUUUUCCGUGACCUUUUUAUCCGUGAAGGUUUUCAGUUUGAUUAUGUGUUUGACUGGACAAUACUGAAGUACCAGCAAUCCCAAAUUGCUAGUGCUCCACCCCGUGCAGUGGGCCAUGGUGCAGGACCUUCUGGGUUAGCACCACCAGCAUUGCAAAAUGACAGGCAGUCAGGUGUUGAUGAAGGGAGAACUAGUGGUUGGUCAUCAAUGGAUCGGCGCCGUGCCCCACCCCCUAUUACAAGUGUUGGAACCUUGUCUAAACAGAAAGCACCUGUAGGAAAUGAUGCUUCUUUUUCUAAAGAGCCUGUGCCCGGUGAAUGGUAUCCUCUGAACCUGGUGAGGCCAGGGUAGUACACUUUAGAGCUCGGGGUGGCAAUGCCUCGGUGGUGAGUUUGAGCUCAGAGAUGGCUGAUGGCAACAGUGUUCAGAAGGGGAUCGAACAAAUGGCAAACAGGAACAAAGCUAGCAGGGCAGCAAUGCUGUUGUAGGUGAGAUCAGAGUUGAGCUGCGGGCCUGCAUUGCCAUCGGAAGGAGCUCUGGGACAGCGGCGAGCGUUGGCGGCGGGCUAUUGGGACGGCUGCACUUCUUAGGUGUGAAUGGGGCAGAGUGAUGGCGUGAGCUCCAAGUGAUGCAGGUGUACAGCAGUGCUGUUGGAGCUGAUCUUUUGGGGUUGGGGCCGCAUCGGAGCCAGGCAAGACGGUGGUUUGGGGCACUGGCACCACCAGCGGGGAACUUGGAGUGUUGGUGUUGCUGCUCGUCAGUAAUCCAAAAGGAAGCGGUUUUAUCUCUAUCGCUCUUGAGCCAUCUGGAACUUGGAAGAGAUUGAUCCCCUUCCCCAGGGGCAGAAAUGCCUUUUUUUAAUUAUUUGGCAGGAAAAAACAAAAACAUAAAAAGAAACUAAGAGAGGGCAACAGAGUAGUGUACAAUUAAAUUUUUCAAAAUUCUAGUGGUAUUGUCUACCAACUUUUGAUGGUAAAUUUCUAAACUCAGUAUCUUUGAUGGUACCAAACCAAUUUUCCUGCAGAAAGGGAAAAUAGAUGGCAGUCAAUUUUUUUUUCAGCUCAUACACAAACUGCAUGGGCAGGUUGCUAGACUAACCUUAGAACCCCAGUUUUUCAGUUGCCUGUUAGCUUUGUUGUGUUUCUUCAUCAAUAACACUAACUGAAUGUCACUACUUUAUGUAUUAAUUCAAAGCAUUAGCUGAACAGGGUAAAUGCAUAAUUUAUUCUGCAGUCCAAUAAUUAGAAACCAUAAACGUUGCUCCAAUUU